AUGUUACGGAUUGAAAAGAAGGCAGGUGACGCUGCGGCUGCACCGCGGGUUCCCGGAGCCCCGCAGCACGGCCCGCGGUCAGCCAGCCCCGCGCGGACACCGCCCCGCACGCUCCGCCCGCGCCGUGCUCCUCCCCGCUCGGCUCCCGCGCCCCGCGGGGCUCUGCGGGCGGCGCGGCAGCGGCCCCUAUCGGCGAGCGGCGGGCGGUGCCGCUGCCCGCAGCCCGGCAUGGAGGAGGACGAGGGGGCCGCGGGCGGCGCGGAGCAGCGGCACUCCCGCCGCCGGCCCGGGGCCGAACGCUCCCCCAGCCCCAGCCGCCUGGACGUGAGCUCCAGCCGCUUCGACCCUCUGCUGGCGCUGUACUCCGCCGACACCCCUCUCCCCUUCCCCGCCGCGCCCUGCUUCAACAACCUCGCCGAGUACGAGAGCUUCCAGCGCGGCCUGCUCCGCCCGCGCGGCCGCCGCGGCCUCUCCGCCCGCCGCGGUCCUUCCGCAGGGCGCUCCGCCCGCCGCGGCCCUCCGGCCGCCGACCCCGAGCGCAUCCAGCGCCUCCGCAGCCUCAUGGUGAACGCGGGCCCCGAGCAGGACGCGGCGGGGGGCGGCACGGCACGGCGCAGGAGGGCACCGCGCAACGUCCUCACCAGGAUGCCGCUGCACGAGGGCAGCCCGCUGGGGGAGCUCCAUCGCUGCGUCCGAGACGGUGUAAAAAUCAAUGUCCACAUCCGCACUUUCAAGGGGCUCCGUGGAGUCUGCACAGGCUUUUUGGUUGCCUUUGACAAGUUCUGGAAUAUGGCCCUGACAGAUGUGGAUGAGACGUACAGGAAGCCAGUACUGGGCAAAGCUUUCUAUGCAGAACCUCAGCUCUCACUAACCCGGCUGUUUGACAGACUCAAGCUGCAGGAUGCCUCAGUGAAGAAGGGAGCUGACUCAAAGACUGUGUCAGGGGAGCUAGCCCUGACAAAUGACUCUCAGACACCCGGAUGGAAAGCUGGAUCGGGACGAGGGAGAGAAGAAGAUGAGCGUGAGAAGCAGAAAUGCUUGGGCAGAGGUGGAGAAAAGAAGAUGCCAGGUGACAGUUUGCAUCUGGCUGUCAGAGGUGAAGCUGAUGUGGGCAGCGGGACUGCUCACACAGGGGGUGCCACUGCUGGUGGUACCCGUGCAAGAAGCCAGGCACGGAGAAAAAGGAGGCCCAAAGUGGAUUAUCAGCAGGUGUUCACACGUCACAUAAACCAGAUUUUUAUUCGAGGAGAGAACGUCUUGCUUGUCCAUUUAGCUCAUUGACUUGGCUAAGACUUCGUCGGUGUAUUUAUUUGAUAGCAUGAAUUGCUGUGGUAGCUCUCAUUACUAUUUAGCAUUCUUGUUAAGUAUGGUACUGUGACAGGUUUCCCAUUGCCAUAACAAGGUAGGGGAGAUAAUUCUAACUGGAGCAUCCUGAGCUUACUGCCAAAGCAGCCUCCUUCAGUCUCUCCUGGGGGUCUCAGGGUAAGGUCAGCAGCACAGUUUUACCCUGAGAUGAGGGAGAUGAGCACAGAACCCACUGCUACUUAAAAAGUAAACAGCUAAGUCAGGAAGGUUGGUAGAGAAUGUUGAUGUACUUGGUUAUAGGAGCAAACUGUGACAUACAGUUACAGAGUUGAAGAUGAGAUCUCCACCUGAAAUGAAUCACGAAUGGUAUUCUGCAUGUUCUGAGGAAUCUCUGAUUUCACGUGUUCCAAAACCAACUGUUUAUCUGCCAUUGCCACACGGAUGUCUUCUCUUCCAAAUGUAAUUCUGGCGGUCAGUGUGAAGUAAUGUCUGAAAAGGUGGGGUGACCUGCUACUGAUGGCUUCUUCGUUAGCUCUGUAAUGCUCUGCAUGAUAGAAAACCUCGUAAUUGAAGACUGCUCUUUUUCUGUUAAUGAUUGCAGGAUUUGAAUCUGUUUUCAGUGUCAAAGCUUAUGCUUCUAUUUGUGAUGCUGUGCUUUCGCCAUGUGUCACCAGCAAGCAGCUAAUGGAGCUGAUCCAGGGACCUCCAUGUUUGGAGUAUAUCUGAAUGCUGUGGAUGCACAUGGAAAACUGUACUUUUCUCUUUCACCCAUUUGCUUCUUAUUGCCAUAGCAAAUUUUGCAAAGAUGUAGUUUUCCUUCUCAGAUACAAGUGUUCGUGCUGAGCACGUUGUACUGGAUCUAAGCACCUUUAAGUUCCCUCUAUUGAAACUAGAGGUGCUCCGUCUUCAGCUGUUCUCAUGGAGCAGAAAUUAUCACGACUCUUUCCUAUCUGUAUAAAAGUCAAACUCUGCUCAUUGCUGGUUUUAUUUUAGGAGUAUUCUUAAGCUAUGACAGAUCAGGCCAGGCUUCUGCAGAUAUAAACAGCUUCUUGAGAGCUAUAUACAAAAGUGUGAGGGUAAAUAAUGCUGUUACAUUACUUCGUCUGUUCUCUUGGAUGUCAGAGACCGCUAGACUUCAUGCUGCUAUUCCCAUUUUCACACCAGCUACCUUAUGCUUCACAGCAGCUCCAGUGUGAAGAUGUGAAAUUGCCGGGACAACGGGUAAAACAACUUCCUACUGCUUUAUAGCAGGUCUUGCAUCGCAUACGGUGGUCAUAAGCCCUCAGAUUGAGCGACUGUCCUCUUGAAUGACAGAUUUCUGUUGCUACAAGUGCAGCAUAUUGCUCGUUUGUCAUUAGGAGUCCGUCUGGUGCUUGGGUGAAUUACAGAAAUCAUUUAGCAGGAGUUCCUGGGCACGCAGAGCAGCUGCUCAACUCUGGGGGAGCCUGGAAGUGUUCUGUCAGCGUUUCAGAUGACGCGGGGUCGGAUGACUGAUCAGCACAGCCACUGAGCAGCAAAUCCGGGUUCAGACUGGGACAAAAGUACCUCAGAUUAAGAAGUACCGCUGAGGCAAAAAACGGUUUCAAGGAGUUAGGAGGAAAAUAAAGAAUAUUUACUAUUUCUUACUAUACGUAACUUCAUCGCUGUGAUUCCCUUCUACUAUGAACUGAGACUCAGCACUGAACAGAUUCCUCCCUUGGAGGUUCUUGCUUCCUCUUGUGCUGUUGUUGUUUGUGUUGACGUGGUCCGCUGUUCCCACGCACACGGUUUCCUUCUCCUUUCAGUACUUCGUCUCCUCAGGAAGUUCCUUUCUAACUUUGGUUUCAGAAGAUUGUUCAUCAAAGGUGGCCCUUUCUGAACCUUUCCUGGUUGGCUUUCCGUGCACUUGCCAGCUGAACAGGAUCCUCACAAAUUCUUACAAGUGUAUGAAGCUAGAAGCAAGGAACUUAUUUUUGCUCCUGACUUCUCAGCAGCUUUCAUUGCAAAUUACUGUUUUUCUUCAUGUUGUUUUCAGUUGUGUUUAGUUUUUCCCCUCCAAUUUCUGACUGGUUUGUUUCUGUUUCAGCUGCGUGGGAUGAUUGUCUCUGCCUCUUCCAUUCAUGUAUGCCAAAGGCUGCUGCUUUGACACCUCUCCCUUUUCUCUCAUACUUGACCAAAGGGUGUUGUAUCUCCACUCAGGCCUGUGUAUCAGAUAUCCCAUUCAAUUCUCGUGUGUUUUUUUUCUAACCUCAUAUCUGUAUUUCUCUUUGUCUGCCUAUUUCAUCCUUUCUUAGGCAUUAAAUACAAUACAGCUGCCUUGAGUGUUCUUUCGGCUUUAGUGCCCUCUUUCCAUGCCAGCUGACAUGGAAAUGACACGUCAUCAUUUUCACUUUCUCCUGCAAGUCUCAGUGUUUCCUUUCAUCAGAAGGUUUUUUUUCUGGAAUCUUACAAGUGUUUGUUGCUUCACAUCUGUGAGUUCCUGUAUUUUAGAUUCUAUGAGAAAUGCUGGUGCUUGGACUUGCGUUGGUGCCUUGAUUUUUCUACUGCCACUGACCUGUUCUUCCACAAUCAUCACCUCAGUCGACAAACCUGGCUAAGAACUAUACCACUUUAUUUUUUUCAUCUACCUCAUUAUUAAACCGUUCUUCCUCUUUUCUCAUUGGUUUCUUAUCUCUGGACUGGAUUAAAUUUCUCUCUUCCAUUUUAGAUGUAAUGGUUUGUGUGGUGGUUCUUCCUUUAUUUCCUAAUUCUUACCCACCUCUCUCAUUAUUGCCAAGCUGCUUCUUAAAUUCAGCUUCUUCCAUGACUUCAGAUCUUCUACAGUCUUCCUGUUCCCUACUUUUUCUGACAGUGUAUCAUUUUAAGGCCCGUUAUCUAAAGACUGUUUUAUGAACUUUGUCUCAUUCAAACAUAGUAUUUGAUUGUGACUUAGCAAGUGAUCCUGUACGUGUUGUCACUUGCACGUUUAAUACUUCAGAUAAAGUUUCUCUUAAAUAAAAUUGAAUGUGAUUCUGAAGUCUUCUACCUCACUGAAGUAUUCAUGUGAGUCUGUUUCAAACAAACAAACCAAAAGCACUUUGUUCUUUUGUUUGUUGUUUCUGGUCGUUUCUUUCCGUGUUUUUUCCUUUUCCAAGCUCAGCACAGAUCCAGGCUCUUCAUUCCACAGCUGUCUGCUCCUGCAUUCCUCUUUUGCUGUAGUGUCACGAAGAAGGUGUGAGCAUAGAUACCUGAAGUUACUGUGCUAGAGACUGAGAGCGGGACACAGUCCUAAGAAACAAAGGAAUUCAACAGGUUUUGAGGGAAAUAUAAAGAAUCCCUGAAGGGAUCACUGCUGGUUGCAUCCUGCCCAGUGCUUGUGGGACAUCUUUCAGCCUGAUGGUAAGCGCUGAUUCUCAAAGUGUAUUUAUGGUGAGGUACCAAAUGAGGGCAAGGAGCUUUUUGAACUGCCUUCGAAGAAGUGCUGUGAUCACUGGAGGUGGUUUUAGGGUCAUUUCUGAAACAGCAGAUGUGAAACUUGUGAAAUGUCACAAUGCCAACUGCAGAUACGUGGUACGGUGCGUAUGACAUAAUGCAGUAGUUGUAGAAUUAAACUGCGGUGUCACAGAUAUUUCUCAAAGUGUCACCGUGUGCCUUUUUAUUGCCAGCAUAGUUCAGUAGGGAAUGAAGUCUCGUGGUUACUUGAAGAGGGGCUGUUUUAUUUAUUUAUUUUUUGAAUGGUGUUCUAAUUCUAAACUCCCUUUCACACAGUCUGGGUGAGAUUUUCAUGGCACCACAGCACAAAUACUUUAUUUGCUGCUGGGAAGUGAGAAAAACAGUGAGAACCAGGCUGAGCACUGCAGCGUUGCCCUGUAGUUAUGUGUAUUGUUCCUUCUUGGGAAACUCUUCUGCUCUGGUGCUUCAUUUUUAUCCAACACUUGUUAAGUAUGGUGGUGGUAACAGAAUGGAUAAGGCCAAUGUUAGAAAGGAGCCUGUAGAAAGUGUGCGUUUUAGGCUCUCAUCUGACUAGUCUGGCUUGCUCAUUGCCUAAAAGUUUUUCUGAUCUAGAGAUAGGUGCCUAGCAUGAUGUUACUGAAGUAGACAGCACACGGUCGUUUUUGACUGCUCUUCUCCCUCAGCUGCUGGAUUCAUGGUUUCUGAUGCAGCUUUCCCCUGGGCUCAGUUUGGAAGCAGGGGCAGCUCUCAGGAUAUCAGGAUCUUUCCUCUUCUGCCUGCGUUGCAAAGUGUAAAGCAGAAAUGCUAGAUCGUGUGUCUUUUGCAGCCCAGAGCUAUUUCAGUUUGUGCUUUCACUUCUUGACAUUGGCUUAAAAAUUGGAAGCUUGUACUAUAGCAAUCAUAAGACUGCCUUGCUAAAACUUACUAGAAAUGAUAUUUAAAAGUUAAGAGAUUACAGGAUUUAUGGAAUUAUGCGAUACUGACCGAUACAGUGACUAAAGGUCGUAUUAUUGUGAUGAAGGUAUUACAAACCAAAAACCUCUAUUCUGAAGGGUACUACGAAGAUGCAAAAAUGGAAAUGUAUGAAGCCACCACUGGAAGAAGAGAGGAUAAAAAAUCCUUCCCUUCUAGUGAAGGAAGGGUUAGGGUUAGGGUUAGGGUUAGGGUUAGGCUCUUCAUAGAGCAAGGCGGUUAUUUCAGAGCUGGUUCUCUCAGCAUUUCCAGGCUUGCUGGGAGGUGGGCAUAAAGAAGCCAAAAAACCAAAAUAACUUAGGUGCACUCACAGACAGAGCUCAAAGAGACAUGAGUCCGCUUGCAAACUUGAGUAUAAACAAUCUUCACUUUACAGUGAAAGUUUCUAGAAGAGCAGUUCCCGUUUGUACCAAUCAGGUGCCUACGGCAUUGGCAGCAAGCACAGUUUUCUUGUGUUACUGUCACAAGGAGAUGUUUGUGCAGUGGUUCCUAGUGAUGUGCUGUCCCGUGUUACCUUGUGCUUUACAGACAAAGCAGUGAGUAUGCAGAGACAAUUCUCUAGUGCAGCCUCCGUUCGUUGAACUGUGCCCCAGGGGUCUCUGCCAGGCUCCAUCCCUUGUAACUGAUACGUUUGAUCCUGCCUCUCAAAAUUUGCAGAGGAAACCCAGUGGGAGAACAAACAACGAAAGCAAAUUUCCUCUUUUGAGGCAGGGCUGGCAGGAGGCUUGGUUCUCCUUGUUAGCUUUCUGGGGGUGCGGGGGGAAGGACUGCUUCAGUGCGGGAGUAUCAGAGCUGGCGUCUCGUGAUGUUUACGCGUCCUUUCAGAUGUCACUGUAAGUGCUCUUGCUCUUAGCUGGGAGAAGUGAAGGCCUGUCAGGGAAGGAAAAUGGCUUCUGAUGUUCCUGGAUAACUGUUUUAUUAGCUGCUACCUUCACAGUGUACACUUGGAUGACUUAGCUGAAGAAAAUUAGUACACCUGAGACUUUCAGUCAGUCUUGUAUUCGUUUAGAAUGAAAAGUAGUUUGAUCAGUUUGGGUAAAAACAUAUCCAUCUUUUUUUCCUCUCAAAAGAUCAGUGCUCUCUCUCAGGCAAGAAAUGAAAGCUGCUCCUGCUCCUUUAGCGAUUGCUUCUGAUUUCCACCGCUUCAGAGCAAAGUGCAGCUGUGUCAUUGUACCUUCUGCUUGACAGAUCAUCCCGAGAUGAGAAAAUGAGAGAAGGGCUCCGUUUCUUUUACACUAAAAUGGGCAUUACGAGAGGAGCAGUUGUACUGACCUCCUUCCAAAUGGUGCAUGCGUCCUGUAUAGCUGCAUGGAUUGGGACUUGCUAACCAAUUAGUCAGUUAUAAAGCUUCCCAAGUGAAACACAAAGGGGCAGCAUGACCUACCAGACUUAUAUGGGGUUGGAAGUCAGGUGCUGACAAAUUCCAGCCUCACUACUGCCACUCGCUCACAGAAUGGCCUUGGCAUGUCACUUCCCUAUGUGCUCCACAGCUGUAAUCCAUCUGAGAGCAGUCCUUGCCUGUCUCACCAGUAUCUGGGGGAGCAGUGAGCGCUACACAAGUGCUAAGGAUUGUUAUUAAAACUAGAACAUGUCAGGUAAUGCAGAUACAUAGAUCAUCUGCCCUCUUCAGGCACUCGACUGUUAGCCUUGUGUCUUGGCACACGGAAAAUGUGCCAGACAUCAGGUAUAAUGACGCACCUCAGUCUUGGAAUUACAUGUGUCUUCAAGGUCAGCUUUGGUGACUUCAGUAUCUGUUUCACACUGCAGUACCACGUUUGGGUCGAACUGCGAUCAAUGAGGGUGUAACUCGUUUGUAAUUCCUUCUCUGUCUUCCUAACUAUUUUGUUUCUUAGGAAGCUGAUGCUGCUAUGAACAUACUGGAUAAUACCGAAUUUGCAAUAUUCUGCUUUCGAGAUAUAAAUGUUUAUAUUUAAAAGUGCUAAGACUACACUGCAAUAAAUACUACCCAUAUGACAGUUGGCUUCAAA